UUUCAGACAAAGCAGAUGGCCUGUGCUAAGUCCACUUCAAUCAUGGAGGACAUGAGCUGCUGUUAACAGAGUGAAGAUAGUGGACGAGAUGAGCUAGAGUACACGCCACACUGUGACUAAAGCUCCAUCGCUGCAUCAGCUAUUUCUGGCAAGCAGACAGCAGAGUUCACUGAGGGUUUACAUCUCCAAUUAUGUCCAGUUUAUACCGUAUACGUAUCUCCUGAAAAAAAAAACAUAUUUUGUGAGGUUGAAUGGGGUUCAACAGUCGCUGUCUCAUCCAGCAGUGGUUAGUGGGCUGAGAAGUGGACGCUAAUCAGUAACUAUCAGGACUGGAGUCAUGAUGACGAGGGUGACUGGCCCGUUGAGUUCACCUCACAAUGUUCCACUUUAAGUGUCAACUGCACACAGGGGGGACAUGAGCGCCUUUGUCACUCUCACCACGGGACAGAGGAUGCCCAUGGUGGGCCUCGGGACUUGGAAGAGUGCAUCAGGACAGGUGAAAGAGGCGGUGCUGGCAGCAUUAGACUGUGGCUAUACACACAUCGACUGUGCAGCAGCAUAUGGCAAUGAACAGGAGGUGGGGGAGGCCCUGGCCCUCAGAGUUGGUCCUGGCAAGGUGUUGCGUCGUGACCAAGUGUUUUUGACAUCCAAACUGUGGAACACCAAGCAUGACCCCUCAGAUGUUGCGGAAGCGUGCAAGACCAGCCUGGACCACCUGGGUGUCUCCUAUUUAGAUCUGUAUCUGAUGCACUGGCCUAUGGCCUUUCAGCCAGGGAAGGAGCUGAUGCCUCGACGAGAAGAUGGGAGUGUGUGUUACUCUGACACACACUACAAAGACACAUGGGCGGCCAUGGAGAACCUGGUAGACCAUGGUCUGGUCAAGGCCAUCGGCCUGUCCAACUUUAAUGCCAGACAGACUGAUGACAUUAUCAGCAUGGCCCGACACAAACCUGUGGUCAACCAGGUGGAGUGUCAUCCAUACUUGUCUCAAGUGGAUCUUCUAGCUCACUGCAAGUCAGUGGCAGUGUGCCUGACAGCCUACAGUCCUCUGGGCAGUGGGGAUCGACCCUGGGCGACCGCAGAGGAACCUUCUCUGCUGCAGGACCAGCGACUGGGAGAAAUAGCCAAGAGGUACCAUAAAACACCUGCACAGGUCAUACUCAGAUGGCAUAUUCAGAGGGGUGUGGUGUGCAUCCCCAAAAGUGUGACCCCCUCCAGGAUCCAGCAGAACCUACAGGUGUUUAACUUUUCUCUGUCGGAACACGACAUGAAGCUCAUUGACACCUUCAACUGCAGCCAGCGCUUCAUUGUGCCAACUGUGGAGAUGGAUGGCAAUAGAGUUUGGAGAGAUGCUGCACACCCUCUUUUCCCAUUCCAUGACCCUUACUGAAUGUUCUUCUGGAUUAGAACAUGAAUAAACCUGAAACUAUUUAA